AAAUUGUCAGGCCUUUUUUUAUUUAUUUAUUUUUAUGUGUGUGAAAUCAAGGAUUGUCAAAUAAUUUUGAAACACCGCCCUCUUCCAUUUCAGAAAAAUACAGUUUUGCUGAAGUGUGUACGUGUUUACGUGUUCGCUCUGUAUCUGCUGCUGGGGCAUCCAGUGUAUCGGCGUAGUAGGCCUAGUCAUCCCCUGGAGUUCCGGCGAGAAACUGCCUACGUGUCUGCUGUGCGUGAAAACUCAGCCAAGCAGGAGCAGAUCAAUUUUCAAUUUCCAUUUGGUUUGCCACCGGAAGAAUCAUCAUGGCGGCUCUUCACUGGCUGGAUCUCCUUGAAAAGGAAUUCGACAAGGCAUUUGUAGACCUGGAUUUGGUGUUAGGAGAAAUAGAUCCCGAGCAGUGUGAUCUGACUUACGAAGGAAGGGCCAAAAUGACGGCACUCAGCUCGGCAUUUGCUCAGCUGUGCCACAAAGCACAGACAAUAUUUCAAAAUAAUGCUAAAUUGGAGGCACAUAUUUUGAAUAUGAGAGCAGACCUGUGUGACUCCAAAGCAAGCAAAGUGAUAAUGGAGAAGGAAUUACACAAUCAACUUCUUCAACUCCAUGCAGUGCAGCUCCAGCUUCAUUCCAACCUUGGACAGAAUGUUGACUCGGAGGCGAUCAAGAAGAAAUUGGAAGGUGAGAUGGAGACCUUCAAGGCAGACUCCUUCAAGCAGGUCAGAUUAGAAGCCGAGCUCGAUGUCAUGAGGAAGGAGAACGCCGAGCUCCGUCAGCAUAUCCUUGGUCUCCAGGGGGAGGUGUAUGGAGCCAGGCUGGCAGCCAAGUACCUGGAUAAGGAGCUAGCUGGCAGGUGAGUGCAUGUACAUCUUUCAUUGCAUAUUUGUAUUAUUAAAAACCAUUGACAACGAAAUGCUUUAAGUCCCAUCUUGGCAUUGUCCAAUGGAUCUAUACACAAUC